GCUGUAAAGCAAUUAGCUGAAGAAGAAGACAAAGAGGCUUCUAAGCUUGCUAUUCUGAACCGAGUAGGAGAAUAUGAGAAUCAACUGAAACAAUUACAGGUAAAUUCACGCCAAGCUAUCUUGAGAUCCAAAAAAAGAGUGGACGAUCAAGAAAAAAAGAAUCGUGAAGCAUUAUUUGGCAGUAGAAAUGGAAAGAGCUUUACAGAACAAUAUGAAUUGAAGCAAAGAAAUGUACAACGAGGUAAACAUGAUGAAGCCUUAUUACGUGCUUCUUCAGAUGUAACAGAGGCACUCAAGAGAACAAGCACAUUAAUGCAACAAGAAUUAGAAAAAAGCACAAUUUCAGCCAGCAUGCUAGCCGAAUCCUCGAAAACGCUCUCUUCUACAAAUAUGGAAUAUCAAAAUUUGGGUUCUUUGGUCCAUAUUUCAAAGCGAGUGAUUACUCAGCUUGAAGCCUCAGAUUGGUUGGAUCGGCUUUUGCUCUUAUUCGGUCUACUUAUAUUUAGUUCAGUUGUCUUUUAUAUUGUCAAGAAACGUACAUGGGAUGUAGGCAUCUCUUGGGUAUCAUGGCUUACACAGACAAAGAAGAACCCAAUGCCUACAAAAGAAGCUGCCAAUUCAGCUAUUGAUCUUAUCGUCGAAUCAGUUAGUGUAGUGAAAGAUGAGCUUUAAAUAAAAAAUGAUUCAUGGUCACACUAAGGCCGUUUAUAGGUUGACUUUUUGUUUUUUUCGUUUCGGGUAUUCAACUACCAAAAUA